AUUAAAUCAGGCAGCAGGACAGCAGCUGUGGGCUCAAUGUGUUCUGCUGACAGCCGGGGACUCGCUUUAUGAUGCUCAGGCAAAGUUGGUUGUAUUGCUGAUGGAUGAUUCCCCUGGUGAAAGGUGGUCAUCCAGAGGAUAUCCGUGGUUCCAGUCAUUUCCAAAGGACCAAAUUAAACAAGGAAAACACUGAACUACAUAAAAUCAACACGUUACAAACCCCAAGAUCCCAAAACUGUGGAUUAGCUGGAGACAUGACAGAGUCCACAGCCCACUUGUUUGAGAAGAAUUACCUUAAAUCUCUUGGUCUUUUGGUGUCAGAAACGUCCAAUUUACACUGUAGGGGAAACCUGUCAUCAGAUAAAGGGCAUCCAGGUUUUUGCUUUUCCCUGAUGGAUCCUUACAAAACUGACUCUGCCACCUCACUGUGGGAAGGAUUAGAGAUGACGAUAAGGAUAAAACUGAUGAGGAUCGAGAGAAAACAGGCAAAACAAAUAUACUCAAUGUUUUCUGCGGGAUGUUUUCAUCAGUUCACAAAACCCUACACUGCAAGGCGUGAAAGUUUGGCUCCCUGUCCUUCCCUCACUGUGCAAGGAGCUGUGCUGUCCCUUCCCUUGGAACCAAUCCCUUGUUCAUCACCAAGCCCUGCUAUUCCAGCUUCUCCUUUCCAUGUGAUCUGGGGAGGCUCAGACAAAGUCCAAGAGCUGGGAAUCCCAGAGGAACAUUGCAUCUUAAAUCACAGAAAACCCAUGGCAAGUAUCAAAUGGCCAAUAAGUGUUGCUGUAUUUACGCAGCAGCAAUAG